AUGGAAGACCAGAAAAGUGUAGUGUUACUGAUGAAAAUGAUCGUAGAGGUAAUGGAUAAAUUAGUGAAGGAUGUCAAACCAUUACAAGUAGAACAACAACAUCUCAAGCACCGAAUAUGUUACGAACGUCGAAGAUCAGAGCUUAAAUCUUGGAAAAAAGAAUUGAAUAACGAUGUAUACGAAGUAGCAUAUUUUGAUGAUGAAAAAUGCGAAGUGAAUCAAGAAUGCUCUAAUGAUAGUAAGUGCGAAGGAAGGUUCGAUAAAAUGGACAAUUGCUGGUUAGAUGACUUGGAAGCUGAUAUUGAUUGGCUGCUAAUAGUUUCAAAGAACGAUGUCGUUUGUAGACAUAGUACUGACAAGGAUGAACAAACUGUUAAAGAUCUUGAAAAAGCCUGUGAAUCAUGGCAAAAAAGUGUUACAGAAUUUCGAAGAAUAGUUGCAUGUAAUAAAAGUGGCGAGAAACUGAAAG